CGGAAGCCAGCAGCGAUGGCGCGAGCAGCGAAGUCAGCGCUGGUGCUCUGCAUGGAUGUGGGUUUCUCCAUGAGCAACUCUGGACCUGGACAGGAGCCGCCAUUUGAACAGGCCAAGAAAGUCAUCCAGAAGUUUGUCCAGCGGCAGGUGUUUGCUGAGAAUAAGGAUGAGAUUGGUUUGGUGCUGUUUGGUACUGAUGGCACCAAGAAUCCUCUGGCCAAUGACGGUCAGUAUGAGAACAUCACGGUUCACCGACACCUCAUGAUCCCUGAUUUUGAACUGCUGGAGGAGAUUGAGAGAGAACUGCAACCUGGCGGUCAGCAGGCAGACUGGCUCGAUGCUCUGGUGGUUUGCAUGGACCUUCUGCAGAAUGAAACCAUGGGGAAGAAGUAUGAUCGUCUGAACAUCGCCUUGCUGACGGAUCUGAACAUCCAGACUUCAGAAGAUCAGCUGGAUAUUAUCAUUCAGAACCUGAAGAAAGCUGGAAUCACCCUGCAGUUUUUUUUGCCGUUCCCUGUGGAUGUUGAGGAUGAAGCCGGAGGUGGAGGUGAUGCAGCAGGACCCUCAGCGCCUCCGUCCCGUCCAGGAAAAGGCUUGAGUCGCCAACAAACACAAGGCCUGGAGAUGGUCAAACACAUCAUGAGCAGCCUGGAGGACGAGGACGGCCUGGAGGAGGUCUACACAUUCAGUGACGCUCUGGAGAAACUCUCCAUCUUCAAGCGUAUUGAAAGGAGGCCGAUGGCAUGGCCGUGUCAGCUCACCAUCGGCAGCUCUCUGUCUAUUCGCAUUGUUGGAUAUAAAGCUGUGACAGAGGAAAAGGUGAAAAAGUCUUGGACGAUUGUGGACGCUCAGAGUCACCAGAGAGAUGACGUGAAGAGAGAGACAGUUUACUGUCUGAACGAUGAUGAUGAAACUGAGGUGCAGAAAGACGACACAAUACAAGGUUACCGUUAUGGAAGUGACAUUGUGCCGUUUUCAAAGGUGGACGAGGAGCAGAUGAAAUAUAAGCAUGAUGGGAAGUGUUUCUCUGUGCUUGGCUUCACUAAACAGGAGCUGAUUCCUCGUCAUCAGUUUAUGGGAAGCCAAGUUGUCAAAGUCUUUGCACCCAGAGAUGAUGAGCAUGCAGCAGUUGCUCUGUCCUCUCUGAUUCGUGCUCUUGAUGGUCUAAAGAUGGCAGCCAUUGUACGUUAUGCUUACGACCGCCGCAGCAAUCCUCAAGUGGGCGCCGCGUUUCCCUGCAUAAAGAAAAAAUAUGAAUGUCUGCUGUACGUUCAGCUGCCGUAUAUGGAGGAUCUCCGUCAGUUCACUUUCCCCAUGCUGGAAAACAACAAGAAGUUUAUGCCAUCAGGGUCUCAGUUGUCAGCCGUAGAUGCGCUGAUCGACUCCAUGAUGCUGAUGGAGAAGGAUGAGAAUGGAGAAAGUGUGGAGAUCUUCAAAGUCAACCACAUCCCAAACCCACAGUUCCAGAGGCUCUUCCAGUGUUUGCAUCACCGCGGUGUGAAUCCUGAUGAUCCUCUGCCUCCCGUGGAUCCGUGGCUCAAGCGGGUCCUGGAAAGACCGCAGGCCGUGUCCGCUCGCUGCCAGGCCCCUCUGCGGGACGUCAAGACCAGCUUCCCUCUCAAAGUGGUGGUGAAAAAGAAAGAGCAGAAGACGAGCGCAGACGUGUUCGGCAGCAGUGCUGAUGAACCAGAUGCCAAGAAAGUCAAAGUGAAUGAAGAAACCGAGUUUAACCUGGCUGAGAUUACAGAGGGAAACAUCACAUCGGUUGGCAGCGUCAAUCCAGCCAGAGAUUUCUGCACACUGAUAAGACAGAAGACGGUUUCUUUCGAUCAAGCGUGCCAGCAGCUGACCCACAGGAUUGAGCAGUUGCUGGGCAACAGGAGCACUGAGUAUUACACCAAGAGCAUCGCCUGCAUCCAGGCCUUCAGGGAUCAGUCUGUACUGAGCGGAAACGCAGAGCUGUUCAACAGUUACCUGCAGUCUCUGAAGAGGAGCAUUGCUGACCGCAGCCUUCAGGACUUCUGGAACCUGCUCGCUCAAGAUGCUCUAACGCUGAUUAGCAAAGAUGAAGUGGAGGCAAGCACCAUCUCCAAACAAGAAGCAAAUCAGUUCCUGUCAUUUGAGCAGAAGCAGGAAGUUGAAGUAGCUCCAGCGCAGGACGACACUGGAGAUGUGGAUGAUCUGCUGGACAUGAUGUAAACGGAUGUCUCCAACACCGGUGUUCAUCCACUCCUGUGCAUUUCUCCAUUAAGUGCCAUUCCUAGUGUUUUUUGUUAUUGAUGAAACACAAACUCCUGGAAAAGUGCUGUAAUUUCUCUGUCCUGUGCAUGUUUGGCAAUUGAUUUGCUGAAGUUUGAUUUGUGUCUCAUGUAUUGCGCAGCCUCUAUUUGUUGGAUUUUCUAAAGAGAAGGAAAUAAUAAUGUUAAUGUCUGUGUGUUUUAACAGCCACUGAAACUUGAAUGCUUUAAAUAAAAGAUCAGACAAAACUGUAAAUCUAA